AUGGCACCGUCACUAGAAGUACCCAUCGCACCCUCGCCUGUGGGAAACAUCAUCAUCCCCACAAAGGAGGUUGCCGGCAACAACAAGUUUGGCUAUGUCCCUGGCCGGACAACCGUGGAACAACACACCAACUAUGCCCACGAAGACCUAUUGCCUACAUUCCCUGACAUCCACUGGGAGCCGUUGGAAUAUACCCCCUACCAGGAUCGAGGGCUCCGGGGGGACCCGAAAUUCCGCAACUUAUUACAAGAUGCCACAGCCGUGUUCGACUAUAACCCCAAAAUUGGAACUGAGAUUCAUGGUGUGGAUCUGUCAAAGCUUACAGGCGCUCAAAAGGACGACUUGGCUCGUCUGAUCGCCUACCGAGGGGUAGUGUUUUUCCGGGCUCAGAAGAACUUUGAUAUUGAAGCCCAACGAGAACUGGGACGACACUUUGGGAAACUGCACAAGCAUGCUACCACUUCCGUACCUCGAAAGAAGGGGCUCGAGGAUGUGCAUGUUGUCUACUCCGCGGACAAUGCUGGGGAUAACCGUGCUUUGUUCAGCCCAAGUUUUCUUUGGCAUUCUGAUGUGACAUAUGAAGAGCAACCACCAUCUUAUACCUCUCUCAAGCUGCUCACUGGCCCUCCCACCGGGGGUGGUGGCGAUACCCUCUGGUCUUCGCAAUACGCUGCCUAUGACAUUCUCUCUCCCUUUAUGCAAACCUAUCUCAAGGGCUUGAGUGCCCUCCAUUCAGCCGAUAUGCAGGCCAAUGAUUCUCGAGCGAUUGGGCGGCCAGUUCGAAGGGAUCCUGUUACCAAUGAGCACCCGCUCAUUCGAACCAACCCAGUCACUGGUUGGAAUGCAUUAUUCUUCAACCCGGGAUUUGUGACUAAGAUCAUUGGCAUCCCCAAAGCAGAGAGUGAUGCAAUCAUUCGCUACCUCACGGAUGUGGUUGCAACCACUCAGGAGAUGCAUGCUCGUUUCCAGUGGGGCAAGGAUGACGUCGCCCUCUGGGACAAUCGGACAACAACUCACAGCGCUUCCUAUGGCUUUUCACCACACCGCCGACAUGCUGUUCGCGUGGCAUGCCAAGCUGAACGGCCUGUCCUGGAGGCGUCGGGUAAAUCCCAAGAAGAAGAGCUUUGUGCCUUGUAUGGUCUGCCGGCAGUCAACAAGGAUGGUUCCCGGCAAUCAAACUACAACGAUUGA